UUGGUGGAUGCAAUUGAUUUCGGAUAACGUGGCCAAUAUCAUGCACAUCACGAGAGCGACGCAUCCCUCCCCAUCAUCACCUCCCUUGCUCUCCCUUCAUAGGCCUAAACGUGCUAUUACCUCUUCAAUAACUUGAAUUCCAAUUUUCUCCUUGAGCUUCCAAGAAAAUGACAGUGUCGGCCGAUGGCCGGUUAUCACUCUCUGCCGCUGGCCAGCUACGUGGCAACGUUGCAUUGGCGGGGAGGAAUUCGAGGCUUGUGAAGUUUUGCAAUGGAGAGUUGAUGGGGAAGAAGCUUAGCAUGACCCCCAAACAUCAAGGUCUUAGUAGUAACAAGAAUGCCAGGCAAACUAUUUGCAUGUCACUUACUACUAACAUAGCAGGGGAGUCCAAGCUAAGGGACCUAGAGCUGGAAAAGCGGAACCUGAGGACAGUUGUGGCAGUUAUUCUGGGAGGAGGAGCUGGUACUCGUCUUUUCCCUCUCACCAAGCGACGUGCCAAGCCUGCAGUUCCGAUUGGCGGUGCAUACAGGCUAAUUGAUGUGCCAAUGAGCAACUGCAUUAAUAGUGGGAUCAACAAAGUGUACAUUCUCACCCAAUUUAACUCGGCUUCACUUAACAGGCAUCUCUCCCGUGCCUACAACUUUGGCAACGGGGUCAACUUCGGAGAUGGCUAUGUUGAGACCCUGUCAGCCACACAAACUCCAGGAGAGGCUGGUAAAAGAUGGUUCCAAGGGACUGCAGACGCCGUUCGACAGUUUCACUGGCUUUUUGAGGAUGCAAGAAGUAGGGAGAUUGAGGAUGUGCUGAUUCUAUCAGGGGAUCACUUAUAUCGAAUGGACUAUAUGGAUUUUGUUCAGAACCAUCGACAGAGUGGUGCAGACAUCACCAUUUCUUGCCUUCCUAUAGAUGAUAGACGUGCCUCAGAUUUUGGUCUAAUGAAGAUAGAUAAUAAAGGAAGGAUUCUGUCUUUCAGUGAAAAGCCCAAGGGACAAGAGUUGAAAGCAAUGGCAGUAGAUACAACAGUUCUAGGACUCUCAAGAGAUGAGGCUGAGAAGAAACCGUAUAUUGCCUCCAUGGGAGUGUAUGUCUUCAAGAAGGAGAUACUUCUGAACCUUUUGAGAUGGCGUUUUCCAACUGCAAAUGACUUUGGAUCAGAAAUAAUCCCUGCCUCAGCCAAAGAGUUCUUCAUAAAGGCUUAUCUCUUCAAUGAUUAUUGGGAAGAUAUAGGAACUAUCAGAUCUUUCUUUGAAGCAAACCUUGCCCUCACUGAGCAUCCACCAAGGUUUAGCUUCUACGAUGCAGCAAAACCAAUAUAUACAUCAAGGAGAAAUCUACCGCCCUCAAAGAUCGACAAUAGCAAGCUGGUUGAUUCAAUCAUAUCUCAUGGAAGUUUCUUAACUGAUUGCUUCAUAGAACACAGCGUUGUCGGUAUCAGGUCUCGAAUAAACGCUAAUGUUCACCUCGAGGAUACGGUGAUGCUUGGAGCUGACUUUUACGAAACCGGUGAAGAAAAAGUAGCACUUUUAGCUGAGGGAGGAGUUCCUGUUGGAAUAGGAGAAAACACUAAAAUCAAAGAUUGCAUCAUUGACAAAAAUGCCAGAAUAGGGAAGAAUGUUGUUAUUGCCAACUCAGAGGGUGUACAAGAGGCCGAUAGAUCAUCAGAAGGGUUCUACAUCCGAUCCGGAAUCACUGUCAUAUUGAAAAACUCAACAAUUAGAGAUGGUUUUGUUAUAUAAAUGAAAUUAUUCAUGAUCCAUUUUUUGUUGAUUAGGCUCAAGAAAGAUUAGUAUGAAAAGGAUCUAUGUUCAUUAAUAGUUACAGUAUAAUGCAACCCAGCCUCACAAAAGUGAGAAGAGUUUUUUA